GCAGGCGGACAAAGAGAUCCAGUGGCGCAUUUCUCCCCAUCAAGCGAAGGUGGCGACAGAGGCGGAAGGGACUUGAUGGGUGGGGUCUAGUCUUCUCCCAGAAGCGGUGCCUGAGGCCGGGAAGGGCGCGUUGCAGGGCGGCGGAGGAGCUCGCGAUUUUUAAAGAAGUAUCUUGACUUCCUGUUGUCUCUUGAUGACCAGCAGCAUUCCUCCCAAUGUCAUUGGACGAAGAGUCCUCUGCAAUGGGGACUAUGGAACUGUUCUCUUUGUCGGCAGCGUUCCCCCGACAACAGGAGUUUGGCUUGGAGUGGAAUGGGAUAACCCACAAAGGGGAAAGCAUAAUGGUAGUCAUGAAGGAAUACAGUACUUCAAAUGCAGACACCUUUCAGGAGGAUCUUUUAUCCGUCCAAACAAGGCUAAUUUUGGAGUAGAUUUUCUUUCUGCUGUCCGUGAAAAGUAUGGAUUAAAUGAAGAUCAAGAAGACCCUGAGAGUAGAACAGAAACAUCAAUAGUAAUUGGAAGGAGGACUGUGCAAACGAUUGGGUUUGAUUCCAUUAAAGAAAAACAAAAGCAAUUGAAUAAUAUGAGUGACAUAUCAGUCGAUGAAUGUGCGGUGAGCGAAGCAGGUCAAGAAGAGGAAAUCAAAAGAACGUGUCCUAAUAUCAGACGGAUAAAUCUAUCAAAAAAUCUUUUAUCAUCGUGGAAUGAAGUUGUAAAUAUUGCCUGCCAACUUGAACAUCUAGAAAUCCUUAAUGUCAGUAAAAACAAGAUGAAAUUUCCAUCUACUUCACUACCAUCUUCAAGAGCUUUUUGUAAUUUGAAGGUGUUAGCACUUAAUCAAACAGGAGUGACAUGGACUGAGGUUCUUUUAUGUGCUACAGGGUGGCCGGCUCUUGAAGAACUCUACCUGGCUUCCAAUGAGAUUUCGCUUUUGGAGAGACCUAUUGAUACCUUACAUAACCUGAAAUGGCUAAACCUUUCUGACAAUCAGUUAACUGAUGGAAAUCAACUUCACCUAAUUGCAGAUCUCCCCAGGUUAGAAACACUCAUACUUUCAAACAAUGCAAUUUCUUCAAUACACUUUCCUGAUGCUGGGUUUGGUUGCAAAACUAGCAAGUUUCCUUCCUUAACACAUCUUGGAGUAAAGUGCAAUAGAAUUGUAGAAUGGUCAGUUAUCAAUGAACUUGAUAAGCUACAAAAUCUUCAUUCGUUGGAUUGUCGGAAUAAUCCGUUGAUGGAAACAGACAAAAAUAUGGAGACUGUGAAACAGCUGCUGAUUGCAAAAAUAGGACAGUUAAACUUUCUGAACAAGUCUGCGAUCUUCCCCGAGGAAAGAAGAGGAGCAGAACUCGACUAUAGAAAAAAAUAUGGUAUUGACUGGUUAAAGGCUGGUGGUAACCAAGAUCCAAACAAGAACAACCCAAGUGAAGAGUUUCUUUCUGCUCAUCCCAGAUUCCAAAUUCUCUGUGAGAAAUACGGUGUGCCUGAAGAUGGAGAGCUGAAAAAAGAACAGCCUUUCUCUCUCAAAAAUCAACUGCUAGCUUUGACCUUUAAAUGCCCUGAUAAACCUGACCAGAAGCCCAUAGAGAAGAAACUACCAGAUUCUAUGACUGUUCAGAAGGUCAAAGGAUUACUGUAUCGGCUACUUAAAAUCCCAGGUUCAAAACUGAAACUAUCCUAUGAAAGUUCUAAAGUAAGCUCAAACACAAUAAUGCAGUCUUUUAUAGGUUCAUACUUAAUUCAGAGUAAUAAAGCAUAUCGCACUCUUAAAAGUCAAUAUUGUACUCUAACUCUAUUGAAUAAAUUGGUUUCUUCAAAGGACAAUGUUUGUACCAUAAUUUGGGAUACUAUUUAGUUUCCUUUGAAUAGUGGUGGCUUGAUUCUAAUAUGUAUUUUCUUUCUAAAAGUAUAGAAGACUGAAAUGUGUAGCUCUAAUGCCUGUCUAAAUCUUUUCUUAUCCUAGAUGAAAGGCAAAGAAUUUGAACUGGACAAUGACCUAAAGCCUUUGCAGUUUUACUCUAUUGAAAAUGAAGAUUGCAUCCUAGUACGAUGGUAACAGCUUCAAUGCUUUUUUAUAUAGAGUAGUUGUAUGUUGCUAGCAGAACCUCUCUCAUUAAGUUUUAAAGAUUAUUUGGAAGAACUUUGGAAAAAGAUGGAAAGCUAUUUAUCUGGCAAAUCAUUAGAAUCUGCACUUUCUGUUAAUAAAUGUUCUCUUUAAAAAUA